ACGCACAUGUGUGCGAAGUGUGCACGUCGGCAUCGCCCAACUGCGUUAUGAAGAACCCGAGCUACACGUUCCCGGCGCUCAAGCUGGCGACCGCGCCACCGACGAUUGCGCCUCCAUUGGCGCCCCUCCAUUGGACGGCGGUCGCACCCGAGGAGACGCCACGCCGCUGCGCGACAGCGCUAGAGAACCCCCGAGGCAACGCGCAGAUCCCGCAAGGUAU